AGGUUUCCCGGAGGGGCUGCAGGAACCAAGGAAAAUUACUUGACCCUGCAUAUUGUGAAAUACACUUUUGCAAGGCCGGAAGAAUGUCUCCUUUGCUCAAAGUCUUGCAAAACUGGAACUUGUCUGCCAGAAAAAUGAGGAAGGCAACAGGAUUCAUAAUGAAACCAUAUGUUCUAAAAAAUUCUCCAGUGUUCCCUGGCCAGCAUUUACCAAGGACAUGCUCAUUUGCUACCAUUAGUUCUGAAAAGGAAAACACUUUCGAUUAUAUAAUUGUUGGGGCAGGAUCUGCCGGAUGUGUACUGAGUAAUAGGCUCUCGGAAGAUCCUAACAGUACUGUACUGGUUCUAGAAGCAGGCCCUAAAGAUCUUCUUGCAGGUAGUAAGAGAUUGACCUGGAAGAUUCACAUGCCUGCUGCAUUGACCUAUAAUCUCUGUGAUGAUAAAUACAAUUGGUAUUACCACACCACACCACAAAAGAGCAUGAACAAUAGAAUAAUGUAUUGGCCCCGUGGUAGGGUGUGGGGAGGCUCUUCCUCUCUUAAUGCUAUGGUGUAUAUUCGUGGGCAUGCAGAAGACUAUAAUAGGUGGAAUAGGGAAGGUGCCGUGGGAUGGGACUAUGAACACUGUUUGCCUUAUUUCAAGAAGGCACAGACCCAUGAGCUUGGCCCAAACCAGUACAGAGGUGGAAAUGGACCACUUCACGUUUCAAGAGGAAAGACCAAUCAUCCACUUCAUCAGGCAUUUCUGGAAGCUGGCCAGCAGGCUGGCUACCCUUUCACUGAUGAUAUGAAUGGUUUCCAGCAAGAAGGAUUUGGAUGGAUGGAUAUGACAAUAUACAAAGGUCAGAGAUGGAGUGCAGCUAGUGCUUAUCUUCGCCCUGCUUUGUCCCAUCCAAACUUAUCAGCAGAAGUCAGAACAUUUGUGAACAAAAUUUUGUUUCAAGGGACUAAAGCAAUUGGAGUUGAGUAUGUGAAAAAUGGACAGAGGAGGAUGGCUUAUGCCAAUAAAGAAGUGAUUCUCAGUGGAGGUGCCAUAAACUCCCCCCAGCUGCUGAUGUUGUCUGGAAUUGGGAAUGCAGAUGACCUUAAAAAACUAGGGAUCCCUGUUGUUUGCCAUCUUCCUGGAGUGGGCCAGAACCUUCAAGACCAUUUAGAAUUGUACGUUCAGCAGCAGUGCACUCGCCCCCUUACUCUUUACAAAGCACAGAAGCCUAUUAAGAUGGUUCAGAUUGGUUUGGAGUGGCUCUGGAAAUAUACAGGGGAUGGAGCUACUGCCCAUUUAGAAACUGGUGGCUUCAUUAGGAGCCGACCUGGAGUUACUCACCCAGACAUUCAGUUCCAUUUUUUGCCUUCUCAAGUGAUUGAUCAUGGCCGGGUUCCAUCCCAGCAGGAAGCUUACCAGGUCCAUGUCGGAGCAAUGAGGAGCACAAGUGUGGGCUGGCUAAAACUGAAAAGUGCUGACCCAAGAGAGCAUCCCAUUAUUGAGCCUAACUACUUGUCAACAGAAACAGACAUUGAGGAAUUCCGUCAGUGUGUGAAGCUCACCAGAGAGAUUUUUGCACAGAAAGCCUUGGAACCAUUCCGGGGUCCAGAGCUCCAGCCAGGAGAUCACGUUAAGUCAGACAAAGAGAUAGAUGCUUUUGUCAGAGAAAAGGGAGAUAGCGCUUACCAUCCCUCUUGUACCUGUAAGAUGGGCCAGCCCUCUGAUCCCACUGCUGUGGUCGACCAUCAGACAAGGGUCAUUGGGGUGGAAAACCUGAGGGUCGUAGAUGCCUCCAUAAUGCCCAGCAUUGUGAGUGGAAAUCUCAAUGCACCAACCAUUAUGAUAGCUGAAAAAGCAGCCGACAUAAUUAAGGGGCUCCCUUCACUUUGCGACAAAGACAUUCCUGUAUAUAAGCCUCAGACCUGGGAAACACAGAGAUAAAAUGGACAUUGUGCCCUAGAGUGAGGAUUCCAGGUCGGGAAAGGGAGGAUUUUUUUUUUUCUCUAAACAUUAAUUCUUAUUUCUUAGAGAUACUGGCAGGAUACUUUUUAGCCAAAAUGAUUUGAGCUAAUAAUUAGCAAAAGUGUCAGCUAUUGAUAAACCAAAUUGAGUGAUUCAAUAACCGAUAAAUUCACAAGAAGUAGAAAAGUAUAUCUGACACUUGUCCCCCAGUACCUUUCAUGGAUCUCUCAGGAGGAGGAUAGAAGUCACAGAAGGGAAUAAUCUACUGACUAGAGUGAGUGACAGAUGAGGAGGACCUCCAGUCACAAUGCUUUGAAGUUGUGGUAGGAUGCUGGGCCUGGAUUUUUUUAGUGUUCGCUCUCCCUCCCAGAGAGACAGUUGACCAGUGUAAGUCAUGAGUUUACAAUCGUGAAAGCAUUGAGCUGUGGGGAGGAAAUCUGAGACUUGGAGAGAUGCAUUUAAAUUCUUCAUCAUUCAUCAUCAUCAUCAAUUGUAUUUAUUGAGCACUUACUGUGUGCAGAGCACUGUACUAAGCACUUGGGAAGUACAAAUUGGCAACAUAUAGAGACAAUGAUCAUUGUGUUCAUCUGUCUCUGUGUCUUGGGGCAUGUAGCCCCUGACAAGGGCAUCUACUGAUCUGAGAGCUAUCCAGGUCUCCAGGCCCUGGGCAGUCUGCCAUCAUGUGACUUUCUUAUUUACUGGAUGUAGCUCUCCCUAUCAAUCAGUGGUAUUAUUGAGUGAUUAAUGUGUGCAGAGCACUAUACCAAACACUUGAGAGAGUACAAUACAACAGAGUUGGUAGACACAUUCCCUGCCCACCAGGAAUUUACAGUCUAGAUGGGGAGACAGUGCCAUGGGGCUGAAGGUGGGGUAAAUAUCAGGUGUUUAAAGGGUACAGAUCCAAGUGCAUAGGCGAUACAGAAGGGAGAAAGGAAUAGGAAAAAUGAGGGCUUAGACGGGGAAGACCUCUUGGAGGAGAUGUGAUUUUAAUAAGACUUUCAGCUCAGGGUUCACCUAACUAGUUUCAGCAGUGUUUAAGAAGACGAUUUCAGAGAUCCAAUCCCCUUUCGCUUGCUUCAGCUUUUCCUUUCAGUAACCUAAUACCUUUGAUUGCAACAUGAUCUCAGUGCCACCCUUUAUAAGUUUCCUAUGCAUGAGAGUUUACUUGGAGAACAUACAAAAUACAUACACUAUUUUGCAACUAUAAAAGGUGACAAACGUGGAAUUCUAACUCCCCAGUGGGUCUUCCCAGGACUAACUGUGGGCACACCUUCACUUCUGUUUUAGGUUUGAGAUUUACUUGGCAAAUAAAGAAGUUUAGAACUA